CCCAGUCUCUCACUGAUGAACCCUCCCCGUGUCUCCUCUGUGUCCCCUCUGUGUCCCCCAGUGUCCCACCCUGGUCCCUGUUGCCUCUCCACUCCAUGGCCCCCCUGGCACAGACCCUGGCACUGCUGGCAAUGGCCAUGGCCACCACAGCUGUCGAGGUGGUGCCCCUGGACAUGGCCCAGGACUCCUUCGAUGACCAGUACCGGGGCUGCGGCCCUGCCAUGAAGGCGACAUUGCUGGCCCUCAACCGCUCCGAGUUCCAGCAGAACAAGAAGUUUGCCAAGGUUUGGGAAAAGGCUGUAGCUGUGUGGCAGAGUCAGGGGUCCCCUGAGUCCCCUCUGUCCCCAGACCAGGCCACUGCUAUCACGGCCUUCACAAUGGAUGACCUGUCCAGCACUUUCAGUCAUGCCGUGUGCGUGGUUGGGCGCUCCCGCCAGGAAUACCAGGACAACUUCCACUUCAAAACCCUGCAUUUCCUGCUGACCAAUGCCCUGGCCAUGCUGAGGGACACUCUGAAAGGGCAGUGUCUCGACAUGUUCCUCUUGGUGUUUAUUGUCUGGAUUGAGGCACAGCGUGGUGACACCGUCUGGUUUGGUGAAUUCACGUCGGUGUUCCUGAGCAAACCAACUGGUGACUGCUCCAAUUACAUGGUGGUCGAGCUGCACACGUGCCAUGGCAUGGAAAUCCAGUUUUUCACCGAACAUCUGGAAGAGAUUUGGGUGCUGAUCCCACCCUUUGAGACCUUCAAGGUCAUCCAAUACACCCGGGAAGGGGACAAGACACAGAUCCGGUUCUGCUCCACUGGGACCUCCAGCAAAUACAACUGCGAGUGGUCUGAGGUGUGA